CGCAUGCCCGGGGCAACUGCUGAGGCUCCUUUGAAGCAAAGAAAGGGGAGCCCAUUCCAGCCUCCUACCAUGUGGCGCUUCAGGAGGACCGGCGCGCACGCGCCUCGGAGUUGCGAGAUGCAGCACUGCCGCCUUUUACUUGAUGAAAGAUCAAAGGAGUGUGGCUCCCUGAGCUGGAAAUGAAUACCUGAUGACAGACUGUUUAAAGAGGAAGUUCCUUUUCAUUUUCAAAAGCCUAGCACAGAAGUCAACUCCUGAAAGAUAGUCUACAAAAUGUCACCAAGGGCCUAAAUUAUAGGUAAAAGAUUGCUUGCCUUCCCUGGGAAUGAUCGGAUAAGGCUUCAUGGAACUUGGGGGGAAUCGCGCUUAUGUCGCCUGCAGCUGCUCAAUAACUCCAAGCUGGAUCCCUGCUUGACUUCUCCUUCCAGCCUAGUUGGCAGUUUCCCAACACAUACUAAGCAAAAAUAUUAUACAUUUCCAGGUAAAUAUCCUAAAUGAUAAGAAAAGGAAGAGUUACUGAGAACCGAAUUAUUCUUUACUUACAUGAUUGGUAAUUUUAUUGUUUAACAACAGUAUCAGCUUAUUGUAUUAUGAAUUUAAAUGUAAUAUAAGUGAAAAAUAAAAUAAAAGUCUGAAUUGUUUUACAGAUUGCAUUGAUUGUUUUAUUAGUUAAUGAAUUUUCAUGUAUCAUUCUUUCUACUGACCUCAGUCUAUAUCUCUUAGUAAAUGGCUAUCCAUACCUGCUAAAUAAAUAUUCCAUACAUAUUCUAAAGGCAUUGUCUGUAAGGUCCUGUUUCAUUAUUUAUUGUUUUAACUGUAGCUAGGGUAAAAACAUGAGUGAUGCUGGCCAGUUUACUCUAAUCUCUAGUUUGGUUGUUCUAGCAGUUAUGGUCCCUACUUGCAUUCUAACAAUUAUAGCAUGAAUGAUCUGACACUGGGACUCUUUCAAAGAAAAGGGAAAAUUCAUUACAAGAAACAUCUUAUGCUCCUCUAUUCCUCUAUUCAUAUGUUUCAUAUGAAUUCAUAUGUUUCUUUUCAUUCAUAUAUUUUUCAUUCAUAAAUUUCAGAUUCUCAGUUUUCAUUUCUAGUGGUAAGAAAAGCAAUAACAAUUAUUUGAACCAUAUGCUUGGAGAAAGACAGUCUCCUGCCCAACCAUCACCACUAGAGAGCACCCAUAUUCUUCAUAUUGAUAGGCAGGAAAUGCUUUCCCUUGUCAUAAGUGUAUACUAGUAUUCUGAAUUAUUGGCCAAAGUCAUAAGCCAAAGCAAUGGCUUAUUUUAGCCACAUAAAAUCUUCUUCUUCAUUGUUCACUGAGGAAGUAUAGAAGCUCAGAAAUCUUCUAUAUAUGGUUUCACCUUAUUAAUGAAAUGGAGGUCCUUGCAAAGGUUCUUAUGGCCAAGAAUAUUAUCAGUGAAAUUAAUGGAAUUAAUUAAUCCACUGGAAAAAGUGACUUAUGACUGCUUUUCACAUUUAUGACCAUUGCAGCAUCCCUGUGGUCAUAUGAUCAAAAUUCAGAUGCUUGAUAAUUGACUCAUAUUUAUGAUAAUUGCAAUGUCCGGGCCUGUAAUCCCCUUUUGUGACCUUCCGAAAAGCAAAGUCAAGCAAAGACAAGAAUCUAGAGAAGCCAGAUUCACUUAACAACCAUGUGACUAACUUAACAACCGCAGUGAUUCACUUAACAAUGGUGUCAAAAAAAGGUCAUAACAUGGGGAAAUUUCACUUAACCACUGUCUUGCUUAGCAACAAAAAUUUUAGGCUCAGUUGUGGUUAUAAGUCAAGGAUGAUCCAUAUAUGAACAAUAUUGAGGUAAAAUAUUUGGAUGAUCAACGUGAUCUUCUUUCAUUUGAAAUCAACUGCAAUUUACCUUUAUUAUAUAAAAUCAUAUAUUCAGAUUUUUUCAUCAAAAACAACUACAUCAAUUUGCAGAACCCUACUCCAUACUUCACAAUGCAAUCUAUUCAGCAUUUGCCAAAAAUCUUUUGGGUUCCCCGCCAAUAUAUAGAACAUAGAAUAAUAUGAUUGGAAGUCUUCAAAUCCAGCCGCCUGCUUGCCAUCCAUUAGCAAAGACAGUACAGUCACCAUUGACGAUUUUGAGCAGAAUCCUAUAAGUACAAUCAAAGUCCACUUCUACCCAGGCAGCUUAUGUAAUUUUAGGCAAAUUCAAAUCACUGAUCCAUAGGGUGCCUUGCAAGUUGAUACAGAGUUUAUCCAUGACUGCAACUAAGAAGUAUAGCUCGUCCUCAACUUUUGACUACAGUUGACCCAACAUUUCCAUUGCUAAGCAAGGCAGAGUUUUGUCCCAUUUUAAGGCUUUUUUGCAACAGCUGUUAAGGAGUCACUGCAGUUGUUAAGUGACUCAUGCAGUCGUUAAGCAAAUCUUGCUUCCCCUUUGAUGUCGUCAAAAGCUAGUUAGGAAGCAUAUAAAUGGUAAUCGCAUGACCUUGGGACAGUGCAAUUGUCAUAAAUACAUGCCAUUUGCCAAGUGCUCAAAUUUUGAUCAUGUGGGAGUGCUGCAACAGGAUUAAGUGUGAAAAAUGGUCAUAACUUAAGUCACUUUUUUUUCAGUGCCAUUGUAAGUUUGAAUGGUCACUAAACAAAUGGUUGUAUUAGCCAAAUUGCUGUGCUGGGUUAAUAACUGGGAUUUAGAACUGUCUCUUAGACAAGAAAGCAAUAUUUUAUUUUAUUUAUUUAUUUAUUUAUUUUUAUUUUAUUAUUUUUUAAUUUUUUACAUGACUCUGUGCAGCUAACAAUUAAAUACAGAAUAGAAACAAUAAAAAAGUAUAAAUAACAUAAAUAGCAAUCAAGUAACUAACCUAUAACAACUUUAACAAUCAACCAGAUGAAUAUCCUGAAGGAUAUUUGACAUUAGCAGCUACUUUAUAUAUAGUAACCAUUUUAUAUUGAUACUUGUAGUGUUAUCAUGAAAUCAUUGUUUUGUUAUUUUGUAAUCAUUAUUUUGUAGCCAAUUGCCUGAGCAGAUGCUUUAUAUAUAUUGGAACAGUAAAAGUCUCAUGUUAAAUAUACAGGGGAUUGCUUCAAUGAAAAGAGCACGGAAAGCUACUAUGUUGAAUACAUCUGAGUAUGAAUCUAUGACAUGGUUUCUUCACAUGAUAAAAGACUGGAUUGGUUUUGAUUGCUUGGAGGACUUUGUGAACUCUGUACUUCAGCCUCUGUUGCUAUUACUAGUACUUUUUCUGCUUAUAUAUUAUGUACCUUCAGGUAUUGUUUUAAUUUUCUAUGCAUUCACAUUUUAUUUAUAUAUUUGGAAGAAAAAAUAUAAUAUAAAAGGAGACGCUUACAAUGAGUUAUGGAACAAACCAAGGAAAAGCAUCACAUAUUUGCUGAAUUUAUAUGGAAAGAUAUGGCAUGGUUAUGAGAUCAUUGGUAUGGAGAAUCUACCACAAGGACCAGGACUGAUUAUUUAUUACCAUGGAGCAGUAGUUGUGGACUAUGCCCUCUUUAUAGCUAAAACCUAUGAAAAGACUGGGAGAAUAAUCCAAUCUGUGAUUCAUUGUAUCUUUUAUUUACUACCAGGUAUAAAACCAUGUCUUGAUAUAGUAGGUUGCAUUGAAGGCAAGAAAGCAUUCUGUGUUGACAUUCUGAAGAGAGGCUACUUGCUAGGAAUAGCACCUGGUGGAUUGAGAGAACAGAAUUUUAGUGAUGAAAAUUACAGUCUUGAGUGGAGCACCCGUACAGGAUUUGCUGAAGUAGCUUUAAAAAGCAAAGUGCCAAUCAUCCCUAUGUUUACACAAAACCUUCGUGAAGCAUACAGGACAGUUGGAAACACAAGGCUUUCAAAAUGGCUGUAUGAACACUUUCGAUAUCUUGUCCUCCCAAUAUAUGGCGGGUUUCCCGUCAAACUCCGCACCUACAUUGGAGAACCCAUCCCAUAUGACCCAAACCUAACUGCUAAGGAACUGGCUGAAAAAACAAAGAUUGCAAUUGAAAAUCUCCGUGACAGACAUCAGAAACUACCUGGAAAUAUAUUAAGAGGUUUAUUGGAGCGAUUCGAUAAAAACAAGAAAGAUGCCUAAUCUUUUAAUAUUUUAUUAUAGAUUAAUGAAUUUUCCUCUCAUAAUUCAUAUCAUAUGUACAUCCUAAGUGCAAUGUUUAAAAUAGUUUGAAAUUUAUAAUUUGCUUUCUUAGACUAGAAAUCAGCUCCACAGAAAGGGUAAAUUUAGAGUGCUGUAACAACAGAAUCUUGGAAUGGGAUCAAUGUAUAAAUCCACCAUUUGAUUAAAAUGUCUGUAUGACCCAUUGA